AUGUCGAAGGAUCACAAGAGUCGCCUUUCUUUCUCCCAACAUCAUUCUCAAACAAAGAAAGUAUGGAUUGAGUGGGCCCUUUCUAUCUCCCCCCGGGAGGGGAUAGUCAGUGUUUGGUUUUGGAAUCAAAAGAUGGUUGCUGAAACAGCUAACAGGGAAUGGCCAGCCGCAGCAAUGGAAGGUUGCCUAACCGCUUUCUUUUUAGGUCUUGGGGGACAAGGAUCGGCAAAUAUGUUUUGGUCCCUUCUUCGAGACCCAGUAUGCUGGAAAUUAGCCUGCGUAGGAUCUUUUUUCCUGAGAUCAACAAUUUUCUUUUCUUCUUGA